CCCCACGUGAAUCAAUAUGCAAGCCCUGAUCUCCCUGUUGAGCAAUGAGGCCAAAGAGAAGCGAGAGCUGAAAGACAGAUGGGACAGUGGGAGGGCUGUGGGACUGUCAUGUGUAAAGAAGGAGAUUCUCAUUGGAGGCAAAGAGAAAGAAGAUUGUUAUGCAUGUUUUGAGGAGGAAAAAAGGGGGGAAAGGAAAAACAAAAAGGCAUCCUACACACUGAAGCCAUCUUGGUCGCUACACUCUGGACUCCAGAUCUGAUUAUUAUUAAGUGGCUUCGAGGGAAAAAAGGCGUGGAAUGAUGUCCAUUAAAUUGAAGUGGCUGAUUGUGAUCCAACUCCUGCUGAAUGAACAGGCUCUGUGCAGGGUGCCACCUCCUCUGGCACUGAGAAACACUCUGCUUCCAAGAGCUGACUUCCAUGGAGAGGUAGAGGAGACAGCCAAACAGGAUCAUCAGUCUCUCCUGGGACCCCAGCUCCAGCAUGGACCCCCAUCUGCAGGCAAACCUGGUCUUGUAUCAGUGGUUGCACAAAAAGAGGAGAGUGUCCGAUCGGCUAAAGAUAUAAUAUCAGACCUUAGGACGAAGCUUCAGGGGCAGAUUCGAGAUCAUCUCCACAUCCAAGGGAACGUGAGCUGUGAGGAGCUGCUGUCUGCUAGCACUGUGGAUGACCCAGCAUCCUCCAUGUUCCCCCAGGAGCUGCUGGGUCUCUCUUUGGUGCCCGUGUUGGUGGUGGCAGGUUGUGCACAGGAGGCAGAGACCCUAGUGCUCAAGCUCUACGACCUGCUGGGAGUAGUAGAUACAGAGGAGCUCCUGAUGGAGGUGGAAAGUCUGAUAGAAAGGAGGUUACGCAAGUCCACAUCUGCACCUGCAUCUGCAGCCUUGCUUUCAGAGAGAGAUGAAGCUGGGCGCCACAUAGAGGCUGUGAUGUUUAACAUCCAACAGCUGACCAUGAUAGGAGAAGGUACUUCUAAGCAGGAAGGGCAUUGCGAAGGUUGGACCAGGAUGAAUGGAACCACGCUGGUAGGAAGAGCCGUAGAAGGAGCCACAGGUGAUCUGGAGGAAGCUGUGAGCACCUGUGAGAGACUGGGAGUCCUGUGUGCUGGUGUGACGAGCAGUGGACUACUCAAACCUGGGAAGUACCAGGCAGUGUUCAAGAAAGGUAGUCGCAUCCUGCCAUCUGAAUCAACAGAGCAUGAAUGCUGGAUCCGUCAGUGUGGUUCAGGGGAGGAUGUUUCGACCCCCGCUGCUUCAGGUCGACGGAUGAAGCGAAGCCCCCAGAGGAGCUGCAUCAACAAAAGCGAGGAGCGCGUGUACAACGUGGUGGAGUGGAUCCCUGCGGUCAGCACCCUCUACAACCUCGGCACAGCUGUGUAUUACGCCUCAGUCAACUGCUCUGAAACAGCCAAGGAGAGAGCCAUCCUCAGUGCCGUUGACCUCGGCACAGAUGCUCUCAUGGUCGCCACGGGGGGGACUGCUGGGGUGGCAGGCUACGCCCUGGGUGCAGGGGUGAAGACCGGUGUGAAAGCUGGUGUCAGGUAUCUGCUCAACUCCAUGAAGCAGGAAGACGACAUGCUGGUGAACCAGUUCAGCUGGGAGGAGGGCGUCCUCACCAUCCAGUAGACUGAAGGAGCAAUAAAUCUGUGAAGCUUUGGCAAUAAACGUCCUUGUAAUUAGAUGAUACAUUUUUUUUAAACAAUGACACAGGAUCAGUGUUAGUUAUAAUCUAGAUUAAGUGUGUUACUGCGCAUGUAAACUUCAUUUGACACAAUAAUUAUUCUUCAUUAAGGAUGAUGUGAGUUAGACUCUAAAUGUAGUAAAUUAUUUUAUUUUCGAGAGACUCAUUGUAGCUUAAAUGUAAUUAAAUUACACAAUCUGUAAACAAUACAUAAGGCCAUAAAGUAAGCUUUGACCCUUUAAAUAUUUUUUGCUAGUGGAUGAAACAGUCAAACAAGUUCAUAUCAAGCAGCAGCUUUUGAAGAACUGGUCUCAGGAAAUAAAACCUUCAAUCCCUCAACACUUUGUUUUUGCUCUCCAUCCGCUGUGUUUUCUUCUGUUCACGUCACAUCCUCACCUCUGGUGUAAUUGCAGGGACAAAUACACGGGGAACUAAACAUUGUUGGUUUAUGUGUUUUUGUGUCAAUAAAUUGUAUAAUAAAUCUGUGUGCAUACAGUGACAUAGUUGUGUGUGUUCACAUUAAACUUUAUUUAAUGCUAAAUAAAGUGUUCCUUUAACUAGC